UACCGGAAAUGUCUAGUCGACAUGUGCAGCUUCAAAACAACACCAGCACAUUAUUUUAGACCUUUUCCAUAAGUCGCUUCUGUCAUCAGAAUUGAUUGCAUUUUCAGCACUGAUUCAAUAUUGCGAAAAGGUUUUGUAGCUAAUUUCCUAGAACUGUAGUAAUAAUGCGUUGUUUUGGUCUCACUCACUUCCCAGUGACAUUGUUAGUGGCAACGUUAGCUGGCUAACGGUAGCUAGCUAGUUCGCUACAUAGCUAGGCUACUAGCUAACGUUAGGAAACCGUUAUCAUGUCAACCAUAAAGUAUUGUAUGUUAGGGAACAAUGUAGUUACACGUUUAUUCCCCAAAAGGACCUUUUCAUGGUGUGUACAGUUGAAGCAUCAGCAGAUUUACUGCGCAGAGAACUGGCUUAAGUUACCAACAAGUUAUACAUGCCAUAAGAGAUCACAUCAUGUCAAUCAAUCAUCAUAUCAGUAUAUCUCACAAUAUGGGCUUCAACGUCACAGAGCUACAACAGUGUCAUGGCAGACAUCUAUCCCCUUACAACACAGACGCUUUUCACUGUCAACAUACCAGCUGAAAAUUAGGGAUGACGACCAUACCCCAGGACAUGAAAGCCUGGGCAGGGAGGAGGACGAUUAUAUAGAUGACAGUGAGAUAGAUGAGCUGUUUCAGCACCAGAUCCCUAUGGUCGGAGAGGGAGACCACCGCAUCUUCAUCGUCCAUCCUGAUGUGAAAUGGGGAAGCAGGAAGCAGUACCUUACCACAGCCAAUCUGAUGAUGGCGGAGGCAGUGGGUUUGGUCAACACUCUACACAACUGGAGUGUCAUCGACAAGAUCAUCCUCUCCACCAAGACACCAGAGAAAAAGAUGAUCUUUGGCAAAGGCAACUUCCAGACGCUCACAGAGAGAAUCAGAAAGACUCCGGGAGUAACUGCUGUGUUUGUCAACGUGGAGCGUCUGUCCCCUGCCUCAGAGAAAGAGUUUGAGGAGGCGUGGGGGGUGAAGGUGUUUGACAGAUACUCUGUGGUUCUCCAUAUCUUCCGCUGUAAUGCCAGAACCAAGGAGGCCAAGCUACAGGUCUCCCUGGCUGAGAUUCCACUGCUCAGAUCCCGUUUGAGAAAUGAAGUGGCCAACUUGGACCAGCAGGGUGGGGGCUCCAGAUACAUUAUGGGUUCAGGUGAGACGCUGAUGGAGGUACAGCAGAGAGUUUUGCAGGAGAGAGAGCUGAAGAUCUGCUCUGCUCUGCAACAUCUGAGGAGGAAGAGACACCUGCUCCGCUCCCAACGCAAAAACAGAGACUUCCCCAUCAUCUCUGUUAUGGGCUAUACCAACUGUGGUAAGACGACUCUGAUCAAGGCGUUGACUGGUGACGCUGCGCUGCAGCCUAGAGAUCAGCUGUUUGCCACGCUGGACGUCACGGUGCACGCCGGCACGCUGCCUAGUCACAUGACUGUGCUUUACGUGGACACCAUCGGCUUCCUGUCCCAGCUUCCCCACCGGCUCAUAGACUCCUUCUCCGCCACGCUGGAUGAUGUCACUCACUCUGACCUGAUAGUCCAUGUGAGAGACAUCAGCCACCCAGAGACUGUGAACCAGAAGGAGAAUGUGUUGAAUGUCCUGAGGAACCUUCAGAUCCCAGGCAGACUGCUGAGCUCUAUCGUAGAAGUCCAUAAUAAAAUAGAUCUGGUGGACAGCUAUGAGCCCUCUGAGCCCAACAGCCUGCCUAUCUCUGCUCUGAGAGGACAGGGUCUGGAGGAGCUGAAGAUAGUCGUAGAAGAAGCUAUAAUGAGAUCUACAGGGAAACAGGUCCUGACUCUCCCUGUGGACCUCAGCAGCUCCCAGUUAAGCUGGCUGUACAAGGAGGCAACCGUCCAGGAAGUGGACGUUAACCCAGAUGAAGGUUCCGCUGUCGUCAAGGUGAUCAUCAGUGCUGCUGCGUACGGACGCUACAGGAAGAUGUUCUUAGGUAGUUAGAAACACUGCAGGUCUAAACCCUGGAUGAUUGACAGGAGGCUUUAUUGAAGCCACCGCGCAGCCAUAGAAAUGCAUUUAUUAUAUUACAGACACCUUAAUGCAGACUUCAAAAAUGUUUUAUGUUAGCUUAACAUACAAAUAAAAACAUUUUCCUUAAUAAAGUAUUUAUUUUUUGAGUAUUGUUACUGUCCCCACUACAACAACAAAAAAUACUUGUAUAAUGGCUACGGUGUCUCAAAAUGGACAAACGGUACUACCAGUAUAGCCAAUUUUUUUUCUUGUUUUUCAAGCAAGGGUCUUUUAAGGGAGUAUGGAGCACACUUGUUCGGUUCAGUUAGGCGAGUUUGGCCGAACUGAACCAUGCUGAAGCCUAUACCAAUAAUCACUGUUUCCCGAGAGUUCACAAAAAGCUGUUUCAUCAGAAAACCAAACUACUCUUGUUAUAUGAAUGAUAAAAUGUAUUUUAAUGUAAAUAUGUUAACAGGAAAGUGACAAGGUAUGACAGUAUAUUGAUUCAUUAUUAACUGGCUAUCAUGUUUCGCAUCUCACCUGGGCUGAUCUGCUUGUUUCAGUGGAGAAACAAUGCAUGUGUAACAUGUGAUCUCUUAAAUUGAAGAUAUCAUCACUGUAAAAAAGCAGAAUAUUCCUGUACAUAUUUGAAUAUCCAUCGCAUAGAAAAAGGAAAGACAGAUGUAUGAAUAAGAGGAAGCCUAUUUAGUGGUUCUUUUGGAAUGACUUUUUGUGGGCUUAAUGACCCUCUAAAACAAAAUAUUGACCUGUACUGUAAGAUUCAUGUAACAGUUUUUCUGUCGAAAAACCCGUAGCAUUGAAAGGGGAGUACGGAGCGUAAGUAUGAGGUACAGGGGCUUCAGGGAGAAUUCAUACCCCUCUCCUUAUUCCACAUGUUGUUGCAGCCUGAAUAAAACAGUUAUUAAUUGUUUUUACCCAUCUACACACAAUACCCCAGAAUGACAAACUGAAACAUGUUGUUGGUUUUACCCAUCUACACACAAUACCCCAGAAUGACAAACUGAAACAUGUUGUUGGUUUUACCCAUCUACACACAAUACCCCAUAAUGACAAACUGAAACAUGUUGUUGGUUUUACCCAUCUACACACAAUAUCCCAGAAUGACAAACUGAAACAUGUUGUUGGUUUUACCCAUCUACACACAAUACCCCAGAAUGACAAACUGAAACAUGUUGUUGGUUUUACCCAUCUACACACAAUACCCCAUAAUGACAAACUGAAACAUGUUGUUGGUUUUACCCAUCUACACACAAUAUCCCAGAAUGACAAACUGAAACAUGUUGUUGGUUUUACCCAUCUACACACAAUACCCCAUAAUGACAAACUGAAACAUGUUGUUGGUUUUACCCAUCUACACACAAUAUCCCAGAAUGACAAACUGAAACAUGUUGUUGGUUUUACCCAUCUACACACAAUAUCCCAGAAUGACAAACUGAAACAUGUUGGUUUUACCCAUCUACACACAAUACCCCAGAAUGACAAACUGAAAACAUGUUGUUGGUUUUACCCAUCUACACACAAUACCCCAUAAUGACAAACUGAAACAUGUUGUUGGUUUUACCCAUCUACACACAAUAUCCCAGAAUGACAAACUGAAACAUGUUGUUGGUUUUACCCAUCUACACACAAUAUCCCAGAAUGACAAACUGAAACAUGUUGGUUUUACCCAUCUACA